AGAAAGAGAGGAAGAGAUGGACUCAAACGUCAUCGCUGUCAGCUCUGUGACACAUCCUUCUCAAGAUUUGAACAUUUGAAGAUUCAUCAGAGAGUUCACACUGGAGAGAAACCGUACAGCUGUGCCCAAUGUGGGAAAACUUUCCCUCAAUUUAGUUACCUAAAAAUCCACCAACGUGUUCACACUGGAGAGAAACCGUACAGCUGUGAACAGUGUGGAAAAUCUUUCAGUACAUCAGGUGCCCUAAAAAUCCACCAACGUGUUCACACUGGAGAGAAACCGUACAGCUGUGACCAGUGUGGGAAAUCUUUCAGUACAUCAGGUGCCCUAAAAAUCCACCAACGUGUUCACACUGGAGAGAAACCGUACAGCUGUGAACAGUGUGGAAAAUCUUUCAGUACAUCAGGUGACCUAAAAAUCCACCAACGUGUUCACACUGGAGAGAAACCGUACAGCUGUGCCCAAUGUGGGAAAACUUUCACUCAAUCAAGUUACCUAAAACUCCACCAACGUGUUCACACUGGAGAGAGACCGUACAGCUGUGACCAGUGUGGAAAAAAUUUCCCUCGAUUAGGUGACCUAAAAAUCCACCAACGUGUUCACACUGGAGAGAAACCGUACUGGUGUGAACAGUGUGGAAAAACUUUCCCUCAAUUAGGUCACCUAAAAAUCCACCAACGUGUUCACACUGGAGAGAAACUGUACAGCUGUGAACAGUGUGGAAAAUCUUUCACUCAAUCAAGUUACCUAAAAAUCCACCAACGUGUUCACACGGGAGAGAAACCGUACAGCUGUGAACAGUGUGGAAAAUCUUUCACUCAAUCAAGUUACCUAAAAAUCCACCAACGUGUUCACACUGGAGAGAAACCGUACAGCUGUGAACAGUGUGGAAAAAAUUUCCCUCGAUUAGGUGCCCUAAAACUCCACCAACGUGUUCACACUGGAGAGAAACCGUACUGGUGCGAACAGUGUGGAAAAACUUUCACUCAAUUUGGUCACCUAAAAACCCACCAACGUGUUCACACUGGAGAGAAACCGUACAGCUGUGACCAGUGUGGGAAAUCUCUCACUACAUCAGGUGACCGGAAAAUGCACCCUGGAGAGAAACCGCACUGCUGUGAACCAUGUGAGAAAAGGGGGGUACAGGAACUGCCCGAGUAAAAUGGGCAAGAUUUAGGACAUCUACAGUCUGACGUGUGUAAACUUUUUUUUCUUUUCCCAAGUUGAGCUGCCCAAUGCAGGUCAGCAGCACCGGACCUUAUGUUGUUCAUGUCCGCUGUAGCCAAUAAAUGAAGGCGAAGGAGCGAGGCGUUCUUUCCACACCUGUAAGUAGCUUCUGCCAUUAUUGUGUCACAGUCUAAGAUGCAAAGAACAUUGUCCAUUGUAAACUUAUGAUAAAGGUUUUGGCACGUGGUAAAUUAAUUUCUUGCUAAUGGUUGUGACAGGGUUUACAUGUAAAGGCCUUUUCAGACAGCUUGGAUACGCGGGGUCGCUCUGCGCUCCUCAUAACUCAGGAAGUCAGACAUAUAUCAACCGCAUGGAUAUUCCGGUUGAUUUUCAAAAUAAAACGCCCUGUGCAGGCUGCCGAUCGUGUACCAACAAUAAACAGUUAAAACAGACAAGAAGAAACAGUUAAACUAUGUGGCCUACUAUGUGUACCGUACUUUUAAAUGUUUGUUUCCUGUGUGAAACAAAAAGUGAUUUUAGUUUUGUAAGUAACCACAAGCCACGUUUAGACCAAAGGUACCCAGGACUUUUAAAGUAAGGACAAAAAAAACGUCAUCAGACGGGUUACGUGUAGAUGCAGAUGUACGCAUGCCUCCCAUUUUUUGUGACCACACGGACAUGUCCGCGCAGCAACUAGUGCAACCAGGGCACCAACUCUACUCAUCUACUGCGCAUGUGUGGAACGUGUCCACCAAGCUGACUGCAGAAGCCCACUGUUGUGUGCGUUUCCAC